CGCUCCCGAACCUUGCCUUCUCCAAAAUCCUUGCCAUCACUUCACCACCAUGGAUCGCUAUCCUUGCGCAAAGCGAUACAAGCACGGCGUUGACUGCCCCGGCUGGGUGAGCGUGCACAACGCUCGCUGAGAAGACUGCGUUGUGUACAACCGAUAAGCCACGACUUUCACGUGAGGUGGUCGAGGGGCGAAAACACAGACGGAUAAAAAGACGGGUGGGGAGUAAGAUGUUGCGACCCAAGAACAAAGCAGGACCAGGGAAACGCCCCAUAGCGCACCUGGCGGAUAUGGAUAAUGAUUGACCGGUAUUAUCCCACUCGGUUUUGGCCGCUUCUUAUCUGCAGCUAUGCCCGGAAUGCGAGGUUUGGCUAACAGCCAAUGCGUUCACGAUAAAUCGCGAUGCCCCACUUUGACAGACGUGUCAACAUAUCACCUGACAGAAAGCCUGCGGUGGCCAGCUAGGUAAACAGGCUGGUAUAGGAUGCUUGCAGAUAAGACCCAGGCACUUCAAGAACAAGGACUCAACGUCGAGCUUCGAUGGGUCCCCGCCCAUACCGGCAUCCGGGGCAACGAAGCCGCAGAUGUAGCAGCCAAGGAAGCAGCCGGAUGGAGGAAGGACGGGCAAGCAGGCUCGAAAGCGGACAGAUCGAGGACCUUAUACAAGCUUAGGUCAACGCUGAAGACUUGGACACAUAAAGAAGUAACCAAGAAAUGGCACGCCGAAUGGAAGGCCGAGGAGCGCGGCAGGGCCUCGUUCCGGUAUACGCCAAAACCAACGAAGAAGGUCCUUCAGCUCCACGAAGGGCUGAGCAAACGACAGAGCGCGCUCCUAGUCCAGAUGCGCACCGAAAAGAUAGGAAUCCAGGACUUUCUCUUCAACCGAAGAGUGCCGGAUAUCACCAACGCCAACUGCCCAUGCCAGGAAGGACGACAAACGGUAUCACACAUCCUGCUGCGAUGCCGAAAAUUCCGACAACUCCGGCGCCAGGAACUCGGAGCCAUUCCAGGAAGACACAAUCUCCGGGCCAUACUGAACGAGCGCAAAGCAGCCGCAAAGGCAAUCAGAUUCAUUGAACAGACCGAGAUCCUUGGGCAAAUCAGGACCGAGUCACAACCCAGACAAAGCUGAGCAUUGGGGGGAGACUGUAGGUACACAGAACCGUCAUAAGAGGCACGCGCCUCGACAGAGCCUAGGCAAACAUGUACAUUAGUAGAGAACCGCGAACUACACGAGGGGUCCAGCCAAAUGUAGACAGAGGUUGAGGAGCAAAGUGGGAAAGUUGGGGACAGCUGGUCAAUGUUUUGCAUUGGCGAAGUGGGGCGCCACGGAUCAGCAUCCGGAGCGCCUCGGCUGUGGGCCAAACCCCGCUCGCCGGGCAUAGCUGCUGACUAAAAGCGGCCAAAACCGAGUAGGAAAUCAAGUCAAGUC